GGUUCUCGGGAUGUUCCCACCCGAGAAUACUUGUACGGACCCGAACUUACUUCCACGGGGCUUAGCUUGGGGUAAGGCGUAUCGGAGAGCGAAGGAGCGACGAGGGGAGGUGAUGACUUUCCGGCGCUGGCUGGAUAACCUGACAGGGGUUGUGGUAUGAUCGACACUUCUUGCUUUUCUUUUAUCAAAUUUUUCGGCGAGUAGACUUAUGAAUGAAUCCAAAAUUUGAAUUGCAGGUUCGUUGGGACAGGUGGGCGGGGAUGGAGGCUGACUUUCUUCCGAGGAGUCAGGAGGUGACACGGAGCAGGGUCCUACUAGAGUGCCCUCUGGGCUGGCAGUGGUACCUGGGGGAUCGAGUGACUCAACAGUCACUUGGUCUUCCAGUGUUCGUGGUUCCUGGGCUGCUUCCUCCACGCGUGCAGAGGACUGAGUCCUACACUCGCGCUGAGCUUGAGCCGUUCACCGUGCCGGACACGGAUCUGGAGAGGCACCUUCGACGCUCCUUGGACUACACAGCUUAUGCAGAUCGGUACUUAGCGAGGAGCCUGGGGGUGGAGGAGCAGUUCGAGAGACGGGUAGCCGGAGUGGGAGCUUGGAGGGACGAGCCGCGGAGCCGCGGUGGUCGCUCUGCAUGGGGUCGGGGACGAGGUGCUAGAGCCCCUGCUGGUGGGCGAGGUGCAGGUACUGGAGGUAGGGGAGAGGGGAGCACGAGGGUUCCAGAGACUGCGGAGACUUCAGCACCACCGGCGUUGCCGACGUUGAAGUGGACUAUAGGCGUGACGAGUUCGUCGGGCGCACGGGAGGUGAUCGACGUGCCACGUCUCCCACAGCCGCCGAUGCAGUUUCCUGCUCAGGUGCCGCGAGAGUGGGCUGAGCAGGCCAUGAUGCUGAUGGUGGGGAUGCGCCACCUCUUGAAGGACUGCGCUAAGGGGAGAGCCCUUCAGACGAGACCUGCCCCUGUGACUGCUUCUCCUGUUGCCACUCAGGUAUAACAUGCACAUAUAUUCUAUAU